GACUCUGGUGAGUUCGUGUCUUUUUGAGAGGAACUUCAUAACGGGUCGGGUGUGGCGACAACAAAAUAUUGAAAAUAAAUCGAAACUUGAUUUUUGAAUUGUGUUGCAUUGAGAGCGGAGCGACUUUUGCAGAAAAGUUAGCGAACGGGAAGCUGUAUGCGAUCGUUUUGAGCAGUUGUCGGUCCUUUCAUUUAUUUCUUAUUUUUGGUAAGAAGAAUCUUCCAGUCUGUGAGGGAUAGGGAGAACAUAUCUGAGGGUGAGGAAGGGACUGGACGAUUGUUUAUUCGUGAAUCAUCUUUUUUUUUUAUUUUUUUUUUUUAUAUAUUUUUUAACCCUCUCGAGUAGUGUGUAUUUGGGUUGGGUGUGUGUGUGCAGUCGGAACCAUGGGUUGUACCAUAAGCACCGAAGAUAAAGCCGCGUCUGAAAGAUCCAAAAUGAUUGAUAAAAAUCUCAGAGAAGAUGGAGAGAAAGCUGCCAGAGAGGUGAAACUACUGCUUUUAGGUGCUGGUGAGUCGGGGAAGAGUACCAUUGUGAAGCAGAUGAAAAUUAUCCAUGAAGAUGGCUACUCGGAGGACGAAUGCAAACAGUACAGAGCUGUGGUUUACAGCAACACCAUCCAGUCCAUCAUGGCCAUUAUCAAAGCCAUGGGCAUUCUCAAGAUUGACUUCGGAGACACCUCCCGAGCGGAUGAUGCCCGGCAGCUCUUUGCUUUGUCCGGCGGCGCGGAGGAGCAGGGUGUCAUGUCUGACGACCUGUCCAGUGUCAUCCGGAGGCUGUGGGCAGACACCGGGGUGCAGUGCUGUUUCACCCGCUCCAGAGAGUACCAGCUGAACGACUCGGCCGCAUAUUACCUGAAUGACCUUGAGAGGAUAGCCAGACAGGAUUACAUUCCCACCCAACAGGACGUUCUGCGGACCAGAGUGAAGACCACCGGCAUUGUGGAGACACACUUCACCUUCAAGGACCUGCACUUCAAAAUGUUUGAUGUUGGAGGACAGAGGUCGGAGAGAAAGAAGUGGAUCCAUUGUUUCGAGGGCGUGACGGCCAUUAUCUUCUGUGUGGCUCUGAGCGCUUAUGACCUAGUCCUGGCUGAAGACGAGGAGAUGAACCGGAUGCACGAGAGCAUGAAGUUGUUUGACAGUAUCUGUAACAACAAGUGGUUCACUGAGACUUCCAUCAUCCUCUUCCUUAACAAGAAGGACCUAUUUGAGGAGAAGAUCACCCGCAGCCCCCUGUCCAUCUGCUACUCUGAGUACUCAGGAGCAAACAAAUACGAUGAGGCUUCGGCCUACAUCCAGGCAAAGUUCGAAGACCUGAACAAGAAGAAGGACACCAAGGAGAUCUACACCCACUUCACCUGCGCCACCGACACCAAGAACGUGCAGUUUGUGUUUGAUGCUGUCACUGACGUCAUCAUCAAAAACAACCUGAAGGACUGCGGGCUCUUCUAGACAAGGAGGGUGAAAGACGAAGGAUUACUUGAACUGCUCUGUUCAACACAGAGAUGGAGAGUGGACCCACCAUGACAGACUGCACUGGCUAACAAAUCCUGCUUUCAUAAAGAAAACAAAAUAGACUGAUAACUGGGAGAGCCUUGCAGGAGAUGAAGGAUUGCUACCCCCCCCCCCAAUCACACCCUAUUUUAUAUUUUUUUGUUGUUAUAUUUUAUUUUGAGGGGGUUUUAUUUCAUUCCGAGAUGUCUUAUUUUAAAUCUUCAGGCUUGCCAGAACCACAAAUCUAUGUCGUCACCCUUGUCCCCCCUUUCAUUUGAAAUUGUUAUUUGAGUGGCAUAUAUAUAUAUAUAUAUAUAUAUAUAUAUAUAUAUAUAUAUAUAUAUAUAUAUAUAUAUAUAUAUAUAUAUGUUUGUUUUACUUUAGAUAAAAAAGGGGAUAGAGAAGAAUAGCAAGAAAGAAAAGUGCAUUUUUUGUAAAGUUUACAUAAAGUCUGCAUUAUGUGCUGCAGGAUGGCCGAUAGUUAAGAUCAUUAGUUCUGUAAUUUACACAGACUAGCAUAACAUUCAUUUAAGAAACAAUAAACCAAUAAAGCUUCUAGACAUGGAGGAGGGAGAGAGCAAUGAACACCUGUUAACAUAUAUUUAAAACAUGUAAUUACCUAACAUACUUUGUUUUUAUUUUUUCAUUCCAUUUCCUUCACCGUAAUUUGCGUGCUUUGGCUAUUCUCUGUUUACAUCUCUUACAUCUAGAUUCGUUUUGGUAUUGAUAGCGUUCAUUUUAGGACUUAUUGUUUUCUUUCUUUUUCAUCACGGGGGAAAAAAAAAAUCUAACAAACAGGAAAAAAAAAGUAGACCUUUUGGUAAAGAACAUUAAAAUGCUCAAGUCAUACAAUGAUUUAAUUUAAAUAAAAUUUCAGUCACUAGAUUUCAUUGUCUUGGUUUUGGUUCUUAUAAACUGCAAAUCUGCCUUCAGAGAGAACGAUUUGUUUUAAAAAGUUGGUGAGUUGCAUUACACUGAUGCUGGGUAAAGAGCAAAAAGCCAUAGAGGCCAGAAACGGUACAUGUUUUCUGGUUAAAAAAAAAAUUAAUGUUUUACAAUAUAAUAUGAAUCGAAAAAGAUUAAUUGGAUUUGGGCUUUGUAAACUGAACACAUAAGUCUCCAUGCCAGGAAGCCAUGCAAGAACUUCCCCUCAAGGUAUGCAAUUUAUCAUUUAAAAUGUCCCUUGAAUGGAUUAGUAAACUUAAUGGCAACUGAGCUAUACUAUGUGAUAGUGAAAUAUCCAUUUGACAGUGCAGCCAUGUGCUAUGGUAAAAACUUAAUGAUGAUGGUGAUGAUUAAGGCUGUUUUAAGAUUGGGAUUAUAUAUCUGAAAACUCACUUACCAGAAGAUAUUAGUUACAAUGCACCUCAACCCAUGAACAAAUGACACUUGAAAUCUUUGUUUGACCUGCCCUGGUGUAGAGAAAUGUACCGCUGAUUUACAUGUUUGCAUGAAAAGACCCUUGGGAAAUGUAUUUAUUGUAUUUUUGAAGAACGCGAGUAAGCAGUUACGAUGAAGCUCUAUGUGACCAUAAAAAGCAACUAAAUAAUUAACCAAAUGUUGAAAUGUAACACAAUCUAUUCGGGUAUCAAAAUAUUUACUCUUGUAAUAUUAAAGAUGCCAUGUAAUUAA